UUAAUUUUAUUUGCGAUAUGUGAUCAGCUUGUUUUGUGUUAACCAACAUCGGACAUUACUGAGUAGAUAUAAUUACAAAGUUUUGUCAUCAAAGAUUGACACCAUCAAUUUGAAAUUGGCUGUAGUAAGAAACGAACAAUUGUUAAAUAAGCAAGAUUUCAAUCAGGCGUAAACUGAGAUAAGAAGAAUAGAAGAACGUAAAGUUCAAUCUGUAUUUUGUGUACAAACACCCAGUAUGACUGACGCAAUGUACCACUCUUUGUCAUCGAAGAUUGACACGAUGAAUUUUGAAAUGGCUCUUAUAAGGAAAGAACAAUUGCAAACUAAACAAGAACUUCGUGAGGCGAAAGAUGAGAUUGCAAAACUACGAGGACUUCAAGUUGACACCAUCAAUUUAGAAUUGGCUGAAGUAAGACACGAACAAGGGCAAACGAAGCAAGAUCUUAUUCAGGCCAAAACGGAGAUUAAAACAAUACGAGAACAUCAGAACUUCGACGAGUCAGACACCAAAGCAGCCGACGAUCUUACUGACGCACAGGGGGACGCAAGCACAAGUAGUGUCAUAAACUCCAUUCAGAAGGAAUUCCAGAACGAGAAAGCGCAAACCAAAAAUGUCCUGGAUCAAAUGAAAACUGAUGUAGCGCUAAUAAGAUCGGAUUUAAACACCGUAAUGGCAACAGUUAAAAACGAUAUAAAGAAAGUAAAUGACACAUUGGCAAGGGCUGAAUCGAUUCACGCGAGCUACAAUUCUCUAAGUGCCGCCCAGCGACAUACAGACGAUACCAUGUCACUACUAGAAAAGGGCGUGCAAUCUCUGAAGCUUUCUGUCUCAGGAAUCAACGCUUCACUUGAGGAAAAAUGUCAGUCUGGGGAGUUCGGACCUAACAAUUUUAGGCCGCGUCCAACCUUUCCUUGGUUAAUUACCAUCCACUUCCAGCCAGCCUUUAGAAGGACGCCAGCUAUCGUUUAUGGGCUGCGGUUCUUGGACGUUUCCAACGAAGCAAAUGUGCGUGUUAGAGGGGAGAUAAUGGAGUUGACCAACACAUAUUUUAAGUUUAAGAUAGAUGAAUGGGACAAUACUGUUUUGUACGGCGCCAAGUUUUCUUGGAUGGCAUGUCCAAAAUAA